CGACGCCAUUGUAGCGCCUCCUUCACCGCAGUUUGACAGUUUCUCGUGGUGAGGUUCUGUAAAUUCUCCGCAGAAUCUCUUUGCCCCUCACAGUCUGCUUGUCUCUGCUGGUGAUCGGAGAUCGCAAAAGUGACCGGAGAAGAAGAAGUAUAAGAAGAGGACGAAGAAGAAGAUGAGGCACAGUGAGCUGUCUGAGAGCGAAGCCGCCGCCGCGAAGCAGAAGAACAUCGAUGAUUGGUUGCCGAUCACGUCCUCCAGGGACGCCAAAUGGUGGUACUCGGCGUUUCAUAAUGUCACGGCCAUGGUCGGCGCCGGUGUCCUCAGCUUGCCUUACGCCAUGUCCAACCUCGGAUGGGGACCCGGAGUGACAAUUAUGAUCAUGUCGUGGGUGAUCACGCUGUACACCCUGUGGCAGAUGGUGGAGAUGCACGAGAUGGUUCCUGGGAAGAGAUUUGACAGGUACCAUGAACUCGGACAACAUGCUUUCGGCGAGAAGCUCGGCCUCUGGAUCGUCGUGCCUCAACAGCUCGUCGUGGAAGUCGGUGUCGACAUCGUUUACAUGGUCACGGGAGGGAAAUCCUUGAAGAAAGUCCAUGAUCUCCUCUGCAAGGAUUGCAAAGACAUCAGAUUAACAUUCUGGAUCAUGAUCUUUGCUUCCAUCCACUUCGUUCUGGCUCACCUCCCCAAUUUCAACUCCAUCUCCGGUGUCUCGCUCGCUGCCGCGGUUAUGUCCUUGACAUACUCCACUGUCGCGUGGACGGCAUCAGUGCACAAGGGGGUCCAGCCAGAUGUUGAUUACAGUUACAGAGCUUCGACCGAGACAGGAAAAGUGUUCAAUUUCUUGAAUGCUCUGGGGGAUGUGGCCUUUGCUUAUGCAGGACACAACGUUGUGUUGGAGAUUCAGGCAACCAUCCCUUCAACUCCGGAGACGCCGUCGAAGAUUCCCAUGUGGAGAGGAGUCGUCGUCGCUUACAUCGUCGUCGCCAUCUGCUACUUGCCUGUUGCGUUUAUCGGAUAUUGGAUGUUCGGAAAUGCCGUCGAUGACAACAUCCUCAUCACCUUGGAGAAGCCCACUUGGCUUAUUGCUGCCGCUAACUUGUUCGUCGUCAUCCAUGUCAUUGGAAGCUAUCAGAUUUACGCGAUGCCGGUCUUUGACAUGUUGGAGACAUUCUUGGUAAAGAAAAUGGGAUUCAACCCUUCAUUCAAACUCAGAUUUAUCACCCGCACUCUAUACGUUGCUUUCACAAUGUUCAUCGGCAUCUGCAUCCCCUUCUUUGGCGGACUCCUCGGCUUCUUCGGUGGAUUCGCCUUCGCUCCUACAACAUAUUACCUUCCAUGCAUCAUGUGGCUCGCUAUCAAGAAACCCAAGAGAUUCGGUCUGUCUUGGACCGUUAACUGGUUCUGCAUAAUAGUGGGAGUUCUAUUGACGAUCAUAUCUCCAAUCGGUGGACUGAGAACAAUCAUCGUCUCUGCCAAGAACUAUACAUUCUUCUCGUAAAAAAAAAAAAGAAAAGAAAUCGUUGGUCGCAUAUGGGAGAAUGGGUGGAAAAUAAAUGUGUCACUGUUGAAUGUCGAUUUGUUUUCUAUGUUGAUGGUGGGGUGGGCGUCUUUUAUUAUUAAUGUUAUUAUUAUUACGCUCUGUCUGUCGGUUGAUGAGUUUUAAUGAGCUGAUUACUUCUUGUCUGAACUCGCAUAAUAUUUAAUUAUCAUUCUCCUUCUCAUC